AUGAGGAAAAUUUUCGAAAAUCAUCGGGAAAAGGUUGGGAAUAUCGAUUGGAAAAUCAAUAUCAGUAAGGAAAAAUUUAUUUUCAAAAAAAAAUUCAAAUAUUUGCAGUUGCCGCCAAUUCACACGUGGCAAAAAGUCUGCGACCUGUGAUAAACAUCAAAAUGCCCGGAACAAAUGAGGAUUUCGAGUUCGAUUUGGACACUUUUGCACAAUUUCGACUGCAAUUGGCGCAUGCUGUCAAAAAUACGGUGCAUAAAUGA